GAGCGAGAUGAACAGGGUUCUGGGGACCUUCCAACUUAUAACGAUGUUGCAGCUCAAAGUGGUCCAAAUUCACGCUUUGGUCGCUGGAGAGGCUGGAUAGAAAAGAGAGCCGCAGAGCGUUAUGCAGACGUCACUGCCGAGGAAUUUCAGCGCAGGCGAGCUAGAGGCUGGAGUGAAGAUGGGUCUUCGCAAGCUGCUGUAUACGACUCUAUCCCAGAGUGUCGCAGCUCAACACUGCAGCGCUUAACAAUAAAUGCAGAUCUUCCUGCUCCCCCGCAGGUACUUCCCGAUGAAUACACAACCCCCGAACCAUCGCUGGAGCCUUCUCUGCACAUACCAGAGGAACAUCUGUCCCCAACUCAUCUCUCAAUCCAUCAUUUCGGAUCCCGUUUUUUGCCACACUCAACUGCGCCUAUCAGAUGUAUUCUUCCUCUCCAGCAUGAUCGUCUCCUGCUCAUGGGCACCGAUGUCGGGCUGUCAGUCCUUAACAUGUUCCCUGCAAAGUGGGCUGAUGAGACAAGUCCUGAUGGGGUGACUGGCCUCAUCCAGAAGGGACCUGCUGACGCACAGGCCAAAGUAAUGUGGACAGGAGAGGCUGUUUACCAGUUGUCGCUGUUGGAGUACGAAGACGCCGGUGAAAGUGCCCCGCAGGGGGUCGUACUUGCUCUGGUCGGUCCUGAGCUCGAAGAUUCUCUAUCUCCUGGCGCGCAUCAAGAAUCCCCGCGCUUUCUCAGAAUGUAUAAACUCGCAAGUCUGACCAGCCUGGCGAGGUGGACCAUCGCGCAUCAAGACGCACAGCCAGUUGAUUUGCACAGGUUGUCAGACUGGCAUCCCCAAGAGACACCAGUGAAGAAGCACAGACCAGCAAAUAGUAUUACGAGAGGCUUACGAAAUCUCAUCACCGAGCCCCCCACUCGUAAGCGACGAGCCAGUUUCCUUCCAACAUCAAAUACAAAUCGCCCGUCGACACCAAAGAGAGAAUCAUCUUGGGAUGUCGUUGACGAUUUACCAUUGCGCUGGGCUACUGAUUUUACGUCACUCUCGUCGACUGGGUCCAGAAUGUCGAAUACUAGUGUGGUUUCCUAUGCCCUCUGGCACGAAGGUAGCACGAGCUCCACUCGCCGUGCACUGCUUGCUGUGGCAACUAAGACCAACAUACUUUUAUACGAGACUCCGAGAGGAGAGCGGGCUUUUCAUUUCGUGAAGGAAUUUUACACUCCAUCCCCACCACGCUCUCUUACUUUCGUUCAGCAAUGCGUACAAGACACAUUUCGAUCCCUGUCUGAUGUUGGAUCUUCUCGAACGAGUGUUGGGUAUAGUCAUAACCGUAUAGCUUCCGCAGAUGCCUCGAGCAACCCGCGUACACCCGUAGCUGCACCUGUGAACAUCGCAUAUGAAGCCCAAACAGCAAUUUUUGUGGUGUUCGACAAAAGGGCUGGAAUCAUACGAGUAGCUGAUUCAGCAGUCACGGAAGUGGACAUGUUCGAAAGUGGAGGGAGCGUUAGCAAUCUUUCCCCUGUAGGUGGAAGUGGAUCCAGCCUGACAUUGAACACUGGAGGAUCUUUCCCAAGUCGUCGGUCUCGAGGUUCGGUCGAUUUCGCGGCUGGAAAAGAACACAAAGGCGCUUGGGUUCUGCCCUCAAAAGCCGAUAUCCCAACCAUACAUAUUCCUCACCUUGGUGCCUCCUACAGCAGCGUUUUUGUCCUCACACGUGGCAAAAUCACACACAUCGUUGCUGCCCCCCUUCCCGCAUGUAUCCAAGCCACGCCUCCUUUGUACACCAUAACCUGGGAUUUCCCGCCUUCGAGCGUGACCGUCCGAACGCAUUUGCCAGAGCCGGUCAGUCCACAAGAAGUCCCUGAACCUUUCUUACAGUUGAUUGGGAUGGGCGACGAAGGCGUUGAGGCGCAUGAAGUGCCUCUAUCAUAUCUUUCCGGGAAUUGUAAGGGUAAAGGCAAGGUACUUCCUGAGCCACCCUUUGCGCAGAAUCCACUCGGCGAGGCUGGGUUCCUCACGGUUGGAGGACGUUGGCGUCGUUACAUCGGUGCACCUCAGUUGGAGAGAAUGAAUUCCGCCAUGUCCACCAUGUCUACCAGCUCGUUUGAGACGGAGGAACUUUUAUCGCGCGCGAAGGCCGAGGAAGGUGUAUAUGGGUGGUGGCGGAAGGAGUGGCAGGACUGGCGAAUAUUCUGGUUAGGAAGUGACACCAGCAGUCCUGUGGAUGACUGAACGACCCUAAUUACCUUUCACUAACUCGGAACUCCCGUGGACAUCUUAUUUCGGUUUAAUCACGACAACUUAAUUUAUCUCAUGUCAAGGGCAUGUAUCAAAUCCAGUACUGUAACCGUACGUACCAGCAACACAAAACAGAGUGUGGUUCAGAUACACGAGUGCAGUAAAUAUUACAUAUGCAAGAUGAUGCGUACCGUAAGAAUCACGAGGUGGUACAUCAUAAAUGCAAAGUAGGACAAGGUAAAAACAAAGCGUAAAAG